ACCACGUGCAGCUGGCAGGAACCAUGCGCGAAUACCCUCAACUCAAUCGACGUCUCAAACUCACAACCUUCUCACGACUUUGAUGCUCACCCCUCAUCUGCGCACAUCGCGAGGCCCACCAUGAAGCUCCCUGCAGCUGUCGUAGCGACUUGGUGGCUGGCCCUCGGGCUGGGCUCCAUUGCGCACGCCGACAACGACGAGGGACAAUCCCUCGAGGAGGUAGAGCUACCCAUCAUGCAGACUGCUGCCGACGCUACAUAACGGCAGACUGAAGACUGAUCGCGUGCAUGUGCAUGUAGCAUCGUGACGUUGGUUCCAUCUCUGAAGUGCACCAGGUCGUCAUGACCGUGCACCGGGUGCAGGCGCAGCCAAACAUCACCGCCUCCCAGCGACAACAAGAUGAGAAGACCCGCCUGCUCAAAUUGAUGGACAGACGCAACGGCAAAUGGACACCCAGUCACCCGCGUCAUCGCCUCCUGGAUGCGCUUCACGGAUUUCUCAAGUACAAAGAUAGCCAGGGAGCAGAGCUCAACAGACUUCGGGGCUUGUAUGCAAGGGUAUCCAAGUCUCAAAAAGCGCUUUUGGAUCAUCACAUUGCGUACUCGUCCAAGUUCGACGAGGUGGAGCGCAAGCUGGCGCGCAACCAAGCCUUGUGUGACUCCAUUGUCGACUCCGCGCUUGACUUCUACCAAGUCCCAUACUGGGAGCUCACCGCCCAUGUCCGCGAGAAAGAAUCCGCCGGCCAAGCAGCGGACCGCAUAUCUGUCUCGCAAGCACUCAAACACAUUGUGAGGGAUUGGACGGCCGAAGGGGAGCACGAAAGAAAUUCGACAUUUGCCUGCAUGCUGCAUACUUUAACUCAGCUGUUUCCACACCACAGUAGUACUAUCGACCCGAUCACGGUUCUUCUGCCAGGUGCAGGGCAUGGAAGACUCGGUCAUGACAUCGAGAGGCUAGGCGGGUUCGAGGUCACCAUCAAUGAAUGGUCCAUGUACAUGAAUGUGGCAUACAGAUUCCUUGAGGAGCAUGGCCAAGCACUCAAGCAUAACUUUUAUCCCUUUGUUGAGGGCUGGUCACACCACGCGACCGACGCAGACAUGCAGAGAGGCCUGUCGUUUCCGGACGUUGAUCUCCGCCCGGAGGCGGUUCUGAUGGCGGAAGGCGACUUCACAACCGCUUUCAACCAGCAAAACGGCCACUACAAUGUGGUCAUUACCUACUUCUUCAUCGACACGGCUCGCAACCUCCUCAGUUACUUUGACACCAUCAAGAAGGUCCUGAAACCUGGCGGCCAUUGGAUCAAUCUAGGCCCGCUCCUUUACGGUACUGCUCCGUUCGUACAACUAUCCCUUGAGGAGAUUGUCAAAAUUACCGAGGCCAUGGGUUUUGAAUACCAGGAGACGGAUGAGAGAUGCGGCGAUUUGACCUUGGAAGGUGCGAAAGUUAGGGGCAUGGAGGCGAUAUAUGGCUUUGACAAAAAGGCUCUCACAAAGAAUGCGUACAAUGCCCAAUUUUGGGUCGCGAGGCGACAGUAGCGGUGGCAUUUACGAUAGACACAAGUCUGGAAUAUGUACAAGAACAGCAAAGUAAUGAGUGGAACCCAUCAAAUACAUGUCAGGCAAU